AGCUCCUUCCCGACCCUCCCAGGCCUAGCACCCUCUGUGUCAGCAGCGGGACUCAGCCGUGUUCACGUGUUAGAAGCCCACAGGGGGGUCUGAGGCCCCGAGGAAACCGAGUUUUGUGCGUGUACCUGUUUGCUCGUGCAAGCAGAGCGUCAGUGCUAACAACAGUUAAGAGCAGAGUGAGACGUGGUCGACCUGUGGCCUGAAUUUGCGUGACACUGAUUUUAAAUCCAUCCUUUCAGCCUCGCCACCAUGGAUGCGCUGUCAGAAGCAAAUGGCACCUUUGCCUUGACCCUUCUGAAAAAGCUGGGUGAGGGCAACUCGAAAAAUGUGCUUAUCGCACCCCUAAGCAUCUCCUCUGCCCUGGCCAUGGUCCUCAUGGGGGCCAGGGGCAACACCGCAGCCCGGAUGUGCCAGACGCUUUCUCUAAGUAAGAGCAGUUGGGGAAGUGAAGAUGUUCACCAGGAUUUCCAGAACCUUCUCAGCGAAGUUAAUAGAACGGACACACAGUACUUGCUCAGAACCGCCAACAGGCUUUUUGGACAGAAGACUUAUGAUUUCCUCUCGUCUUUCAAAAAUGCCUGCCGCAUAUUCUACCAAGCAGAGAUGGAAGAGCUGGACUUUGUCUGUGCUAUGCAGGAGUCCACGAAGCACAUAAACACCUGGGUACUCCAAAAGACAGAAGGUAAAAUUAGAGACUUGCUCCCUGCAAAUUCAGUUAACCCCAUGACACGUCUGGUUCUCGUGAGCUCCGUCUACUUCAAAGGAAACUGGGCUAAACCAUUUCUCAAAGGGCGCACCAUGGAAGGAAUAUUCAACGUCUGCAAGAACGUGCAGAAACGUGCGCUAAUGAUUUACAAUUGGUCAACCUUUAAAACAGCCUGCAUUGCAGAAAUCUGCAGCCAGAUUCUGGUGCUUCCCUACGUCGGCCAAGAGCUGAACAUGGUCAUUCUGCUGCCCUUUGAAAGCACUGACUUGAUCACGGUCGAGAAGGCCCUGACCUAUGAGAAAUUUGUCGCAUGGACGAAGCCGGACGUGCUGGCCGAGGUGGAGGUGGAGGUGUUCCUGCCCUGCUUCACGCUGGAGGAGUGUUACGACAUGGAGUGCGUCCUCCAAGACCUGGGCAUGACCGACGCCUUCAACGCAGCCCGGGCCGACUUCAGCGGGAUGUCGUGCCAGCCGGGCCUGCACCUGUCCAAGGUCAUGCACAAGUCCUUCGUGGAGGUCACCGCGGGGGGCACGGAGGCCACAGCAGCCUCAGAGGCCAGGAUCAGGCAAAGCCUGAGCGUCGUGCACCAUUUCUAUGCCAACCGCCCCUUCCUCUUCUUCAUCCAGCACGGCAGGACCGGGGCCAUCCUGUUCUGUGGCCGCUUCUGCUCACCGUGACGAGAUGGUGGGGCCCCCGGUGCCCCUCACCGCUCUCCCCGAUCUCUGCAAAGAGCUGAAACCCAGGUGACCUUGGCGAAGGUCCACAAAUAAAGGGCUGAUUGAGAC